GAAAACUCCCAGGCCACGUGUGGAGGGUGUUGUCAGCACCCCUGGGUGCUGUGCGGUGGGUUGUUGGAAAGGUGCGGGACUCCAGUUCAAGACGCCAGGAUUCAGCUAUUGCUCUUUCUGCUGUUAUCUUUAAACAGAUCUUAAAUCUCCGGGAGAAUUUGAAAUACAUGAGUGAAGAGCUGCUGCAGUUUAAGAGGGUGCCUGUGGGAGUAAAGAAUGGAUUCCUUGGACCAUAUGCUGACGGAUCCCCUGGAACUGGGUCCCUGUGGAGCUGGCCAUGGCUCCCGCAUUAUGGAGGACUGCCUGCUGGGAGGUGCCAGGGUUAGUCUGCCAGAGGACCUUCUGGAAGAUCCUGAGAUAUUCUUCGAUGUUGUCAGCCUGUCAACCUGGCAGGAAGUGUUAAGUGACUCUCAGCGUGCGCAUCUCCAGCAGUUUCUGCCGCACUUCCCCGAGGACAGCCCUGAACAGCAGCACGAGCUCAUCCUGGCCCUGUUUGGGGGGGAGAACUUCCGCUUUGGAAACCCGCUGCACAUCGCCCAGAAGCUCUUCCGAGAUGGACAUUUUAACCCUGAGGUGGUCAAGUACCGACAACUGUGCUUCAAGUCGCAGUACAAGCGAUACCUCAGUUCUCAGCAGCAGUAUUUCCAUCGGCUGCUCAAACAGAUUCUUGCUUCCCGGAGUGACCUGCUGGACAUGGCCCGGCGGGGUGGCCCCGCCCUCCCUGUGCGGCAAAAGCGGCCUUCACCGUCCCGCAGCCCAGAGGAGCGCGAGUGGCGGACUCAGCAGCGCUACUUGAAGGUCUUGAGGGAAGUGAAGGAAGAGUGUGGGGACACAGCCCUGUCCUCUGACGAAGAAGCCACGUUGGAUUUACAAGAAAAAUUUUCUUUUGAAGAUCUCAGCUCAUGGCUUCCGAGCUCUCCAGCACGUUCUCCUAGUCCUGCGGUGCCCCUGAGGGUGGUGCCCACGCUUUCUACCAUGGAUAUGAAAACCGUAGAUAAAAUAGAACUGGGGGACAGUGACCUGAAGAUAAUGUUAAAGAAGCACCAUGAGAAGCGGAAAUACCAACCAGAUCACCCGGACCUUUUGACAGGGGACCUGACUCUCAAUGACAUCAUGACUCGCGUGAAUGCUGGCAGGAAAGGCUCCCUAGCAGCCUUAUAUGAUCUGGCGAUCCUUAAAAGAAAGGUUAAGGAGAAAGAGGAAAAGAAAAAGAAGAAAAUAAAAACGAUCAAGUCAGAGGCAGAGGAUCUGGUUGAUUCCCUGAGCACUGCUGAUGCUGUCCCGCCUCUCUCUCAGGCCCCAUCCCCACUGGCAGUACCUGCCAUCAAGGAAGAGCCCCUUGAAGACCUCAAGCAUUGCCUUGGAUUCAAUGAAAUAUCUUCCAGCUUCUUUUCCUUGCUGUUAGAGAUCUUACUGUUGGAGAAUCAGGCUAGCCUUCCUAUGCUAGAGGAACGGGUUUUGGAUUGGCAGGCGUCUCCAGCCAGCUCCCUCAACAGCUGGUUCUCUGCAGCCCCCAACUGGGCUGAGUUGGUGUUACCAGCCCUGCAGUAUCUGGCUGGAGAAAGCCGAGCUGUUCCUUCCAGUUUCUCUCCAUUUGUUGAAUUCAAAGAGAAAACCCAGCAUUGGAAAUUGCUUGGCCAGUCCCAGGAUAAUGAAAAAGAAUUAGUUGGGCUCUUUCAGCUGUGGCUGGAGACCAAGGACCAGAGCUUCUGUAAGCAAGAAAAUGAAGACAGCUCAGAUGCUACAACACCUGUCCCUCGAGUAAGAACUGACUAUGUGGUGCGGCCCAGCACAGGGGAAGAAAAACGGGUUUUUCAGGAGCAGGAGCGCUACAGGUACAGCCAGCCCCAUAAGGCGUUCACCUUCCGCAUGCACGGCUUUGAGUCUGUGGUGGGGCCGGUGAAGGGUGUGUUUGACAAGGAGACCUCCCUCAACAAGGCCCGGGAGCACUCCCUGCUGCGCUCCGACAGGCCUGCCUAUGUCACCAUCCUCUCUCUCGUUCGAGAUGCUGCCGCCCGGCUGCCUAAUGGAGAAGGUACCCGGGCAGAGAUCUGUGAACUGCUCAAGGACUCCCAAUUCCUCGCACCCGAUGUCACCAGCACACAGGUGAACGCGGUGGUGAGCGGCGCUCUGGAUCGGCUGCACUACGAGAAGGACCCGUGCGUGAAGUACGACAUCGGCCGGAAGCUGUGGAUCUAUCUGCAUCGCGGCCGCAGUGAGGGGGAGUUUGAGCGGAUUCAUCAAGCACAAGCAGCUGCAGCUAAAGCCAGAAAAGCUCUUCAGCAAAAGCCCAAGCCCCCAUCCAAGGUGAAGUCCAGCAGCAAGGAGAAUCCCAUAAAGGUCCUGAACAGUGGCCCUUCUGAGCAGAGCCAGAUGAGCCUCAGUGACUCCAGCAUGCCACCCACCCCAGUCACGCCUGUGACGCCCACCACGCCAGCGUUGCCUGCCACUCCCAUCUCCCCUCCCCCUGUGUCCUCAGUCAAAAGUUGCCCCACCAGUGUUUCGGAACCAGCUAAGUCUAGCUCUGGUGUUCUUCUGGUGUCUUCACCAACAAUGCCACAGCUUGGAACAAUGCUUUCGCCAGCUUCCAGCCAGACUCCACCCAGUUCUCAGACUGCCACCCGGGUAGUAAGCCACUCUGGCUCAGCCGGACUGCCUCAGGUGCGCGUGGUAGCCCAGCCCAGCCUUCCUGCUGUGCCUCCGCAGUCAACAGGACCCACGUCAACACUGCCACAGAUGCCUGCAGGACCACAGAUCAGGGCUCCAGCUACUGCCACACAGACUAAAGUUGUGCCCCAGACAGUAAUGGCCACUGUAGCAGUCAAGGCCCAGACUGCAGCGGCCACCGUGCAGCGGCCUGGAUCUGGGCCAGCAGGGCUCACGGUGACAAGUGUUCCAGCUGCGGCCAGCCCUGUGAGCAAGCCAACCACAAGUUCUCCUGGGAGCUCUGCUGCAAGUGCCUCCACGGCUACUGUCAUUCAGAACGUCACAGGACAGAACAUCAUCAAGCAGGUGGCAAUUACCGGGCAGAUUGGUGUGAAGCCCCAAACUGGUAGCAGCAUCCCACUCACAGCCACUAAUUUCCGCAUCCAGGGUAAGGAUGUGUUGCGUCUGCCACCUUCUUCCAUCACUACAGAUGCCAAGGGACAGACGGUUCUGCGCAUCACUCCGGACAUGAUGGCCACGUUGGCCAAGUCGCAGGUGACCACGGUGAAGUUGACCCAGGACCUCUUUGGGACAGGAAGUGGCACUGCAGGCAAAGGCAUCUCUGCUACUUUACAUGUUACUUCCAACCCAGUCCAUGCUGCUGAUAGCCCUGCCAAGGCCAGUUCAGCCAGUGCCCCUUCAUCCACUCCAGCAGGUACUACCGUGGUUAAAGUGACUCCUGACCUCAAGCCAACAGAAACCUCAAGUUCAGCUUUUCGUUUGAUGCCAGCCCUUGGUGUAAGUGUGGCAGACCAGAAGGGGAAAAACACAGUGGCGUCUUCCGAAGCAAAACCAGCUGCCACAAUCCGAAUUGUGCAGGGUCUGGGAGUGAUGCCUCCCAAAGCAGGCCAGACCAUCACCGUUGCAACCCAUGCUAAGCAGGGAGCCACGGUGGCCAGUGGGUCUGGAACUGUCCACACUGCAGCGGUGUCCCUGCCCAGCAUGAAUGCUACUGUGUCUAAGACUGUGGCUGUGGCUUCUGGAGCUGCCAGCAACCCCCUCAGCAUCGGAACGGGAGCCCCCACCGUGCGGCAGGUCCCAGUCAGCACCACGGUCGUGUCCACAUCUCAGGCUGGGAAGCUUCCUACACGGAUCACAGUGCCGCUGUCUGUGAUUAGCCAGCCGAUGAAGGGCAAGAGUGUGGUCACAGCCCCGAUUAUCAAAGGCAACCUCGGAGCCAACCUUGGUGGGUUGGGCCGCAACAUCAUCCUCACAACCAUGCCAGCUGGUACCAAGCUCAUUGCUGGAAAUAAGCCUGUUAGUUUCCUCACUGCCCAGCAGUUGCAACAGCUUCAACAGCAAGGUCAGGCCACACAGGUGCGCAUCCAGACUGUCCCUGCAUCCCAUCUCCAACAGGGAACAGCUUCUGGUUCCUCCAAAGCAGUCUCCACUGUUGUUGUUACCACGGCUCCAUCUCCUAAACAGGCCCCUGAACAGCAGUGACUGGGAGAGAGAGGACGUCUGUAAAAGACGGGGCCUGGUCUGUCCUGGCUAAAAGGCCGCGGGGAGAUUGCAUCAAUUCUCCAGGCUUGUGUUUACCGCAGGCCAGUGGGGGGAUGAUGGCACUAAAAGCCUCAGUUCUGCUGCUCUGCCCUGCAGUGGAGCUCUGUGAGAAAGGCUCACUCCAGGAGAAGUUUUUUUAGAGUUGGGAGGAGGUCUCAGUUACAUCAUGCAAACCCAGUUCUGUGAUGAAGAGUCAGACACCCAGGGAAGGCUUGCCAGUUGCAGUGAAUGAGCCCCAAUCUUUGUGAGGGUUGUUUUAGCUUCUGAUCCUCCUUGUGAUUUGUGGCCCAGAUAGAGUUUUUUGUCCAGAAACCUGGGCUUAGCCCCUCCCAAACUGACUACUCAUUUCGAUGAGAAUGAGAGGAUAGCAAGGCUCUUAGUAAGCUGAUGGUUGACUUGAUAAUCACACAGAGAACAAGAGGCUUCAGAUGGAAUAAACCAUAGGAAAUGCACUAGUAGGAGGACCUCAAGUGCAGGGAGUUUGGUUCCUCUUCACGGCAAGUGUGGAUCUUGAUUGUGGUAUACACAACUAUGUUCCCCUGUUUUAGUAAAACAGGCACAGGGAAAUCCAAAGCCAGUGCACAGGGAAUAGGGGAAUGAGUAGAGAUGCUGGUUUUGCAGAACAAACUUUGUCGCAGUUCAGACAUGAAUUCUGCUUUGCUCUUGUACAAGAGUGGCAGACCCAGCCCUUGAAGCUGGCCAGCUGUUCAUGCCAGUUUUUGUUGGAGCACAGCCUGUACCCAUUUGUUGAUGUAUUGUCUAUGGCUGCUUUCAGGUUAGAAGGCAGAACUGAACAGCUGCCGCAGAUACCAUGGCUCUCAGGCCUAAGCUGGUUUUUUAUUUGUGU